AUCUAUACUCUUUAAGUAAUAAAAAGUAUGUUACAAUAAUUCACUAAUUUUUAUGAUUAUUUAGUAGGACUACUAGAUCUAGGCUAGCACUAAAUCUAGAUCUACAUCUUAUCAUAGGAAGAUAUUGCCAUGUAUAAGAACACAGUCACGUGACUUUUUAUAAAGUAGGUCAGAGAUUCGGAACUACCUCAUUGGCAUGGUUUGAACCCAAGACCAUGAAUACAGCAGUUCAGUGUAAGGAACUCCAGGAUUAUUCACAGCCCCCAAAUGUAAGGGACUGGGGAAGAGUUCUUUACUACAGACAUACAGCUGGAUAUUCUAGGGUAUGAUUCUCACAUGCAGACCUUUACAGCAUGAAAAAAAAACUCAACACUGACCUUGUGAUUGGCAAAAGUGAUGGACAACCCAGUGUACUUCCUUCCUUCUCAGCCAGCUGGUGCUACAGCUCUGCAUCUAGAACACUGGCUGACACUCUGAAGUAUACAAAUACAAGUGCUGCCUUGUAUGACAACAUGUCCUCAGACAGAGUGCAAUCUGAAGCUGAAAGAAGUCAUUUGGAAAGCAGUUCUUCUGCCUCAAAUGAUGAAGAUUCCUCUACGGCUAAUACUACUGGCUUAGAUAACAAUCACAUGCAAGAGGACAACGGUGGUGAGCCUGUGGAUGAGGCUAACAAUGUAUCAUCACCUGCUCGCACGCCACAGUCACUUCCCUUAAAUAUAAACCCAAACAUUGCUAUGAGUGAAGACAGCAAUGUGGAUGUGGAAUCUGAAGACCAAGGCAUGCCAGAAAGUGACAUGAAAUCAAGAGAGAUGGUUUCCAAUGAAAAAAUGAGCAGUGAUGGUAACAACUCCAUGAGCCACGUUCAAGAAGUUGCAGCUAUGUCUGAUGCCCAUUAUAUAGAAAAACAAGUUGUUGAGUCAUUUCUAAGUGGCAGUUCUAAUGAUCUUUCUCAUUCUAGAGGAUAUUAUGAUAGAAGUCAGGGCUUAGACAAGCGCCCCUCUACCAAUGGAAAUAACAACUAUGAGAAAGCACUGAUGACUACUUCCAGUAGUGUUACUGCUUCCAAUAACUCAAUAAAUAGUAAAUCUGCAAAGUCUUUGGAUGCCAUUCUAUUAACAAUUGCUAGUGUGGCGGCUGGUGAAGGUGAGCCAUCGGAAUAUUUGACUCGUCACCCUGAGAAAGCCAGAGAAGAGCGCUCCCCAUAUCAACCAACUCCAAAUUUAAGUCACUUGAAUAGAAACAAAAAAAGAUCAGAUAAGAACAUGUCUGCCAGUGCUCGUCUGCCAGUGAUAAGUUCUCUUCUGGCACCAUCUAACUCAGGCUCACAUAACUCUCUUCCUGGUAUACAGCAUAUUGCAUCAUCAGGUCGAACCAGUAGCUCCCCCACCACUGUGUUGCCAUCAGUAGCACACUUCUUAGGACCUGCCAAGUCGCCUCCUUUAGGCUACACAACACACCACACUAGUAGUGACAUAUAUGGAGCCAGUUUAUCUUCUGCUGGGAAUGAUACACCUGUCCACCAAAGUGGACAUUACCAAGUAUCCAGUAGCGGUCAUUCUACACCAAACAUACAAGUCCAAUCAAAAUCCAAGAAUAAUCGCAAGCCAGUGACUCCUGCUGGAUUACGUUUAAGCAUGGCUGCCUCAGAAGAACUUCCUGAUCCUUUGCCUUUACCUCAGUACUCUGAAAAGGUUUUGAGAGCUAAACAGCUAGGGACUGUAGCUUUUGACAGACCAACUGUUUUACGAGAAACUGUGCAAUUUUUUCUACAAUUUAAACAUUACUGGAGCAGCCAUGAUUAUGACAGAAUCUCCAACUUGGUUAUUGAACUGUUUCCAGAAUUCAAAGACACCAGCGAUACACCAGGAGUGCCGGCUAAUAAACGAAUAAGGACUGACUUGUCAAUGUAUGCCAGAAAUUUUAGGAGACGUGAAGUGUCUCAGCGUAAGAAAGAAGGUUCCAGUAGCAUGGCUCAUUUAGAUCAGAAGCAGGAUACACCAGUCUCAUCUCAUUCAGAUACUACCAACAAGACCUAUGUACAUUCAACGUCUCCUACAGCUUCUAGCAGUAACAGUGGGGCCAACAAUAACCCAUCUGAUUUUUGUAAUGAAUUGCUGACAGCGGCCAGCAUAAUUGAAAGUCAAAAUACAACUGCUGGAUCAUCUAGAAAUUGUGAAUUUGCUACUCCAGUUUCUCAGAGCCAGCAUAAGAUAAAAGUGGGGGAUUCACAUGUGAUCCACAAACAGGAAGCUAUUGAAGAGGAAGAAGGAAACACUGUUGUGACCAGUAAUCAUCACCAACAACAAGAGGAACCAAUGGAUGAUGAGGAGGAUGACACGCCAAUUCAUUUUGUUUAUGAUAAAGAUUCCAUGGUUACAUCUCGAGAUGCUAGCAAUGCUUGGCAGAUGUAUUCAGACCAAAUGGCCCAAGCCCUGGCAGCAGAGAGCUCAAGGUUGGAUUAUGGUUUAACCCCUGAUCAAGCAGUUAAGAAAGAUUUAGGAACAUGUGCUAGAAAUAUGAGAAGACGACUUCCAGCUUCUAAAUAUAAACCUUCAAGUUCCCAGAAAGCUUGGAGUAAUUCCUCCUCAGGCCUAGAGACACAGUCAGUAGAGUCUGCAGCACAAAGCUCUUUAGUUCAAGGAACCACUGCCUCUGAAUAUAUGAAAGCACUAAUGGCAGCUCAGAACAUGAAUUUAUCUGAGCUAGGCAUGACUCAGAGAAAUUUGGGAGAGCUAGCUAUGUUGGCAGGAAUCAAGCAGAGAAUAGAGCAGCAUCCCCAAGAUGUUACAGAUUUAGAAAGACAGUAUCUGGCUCAGUGUUCUAGUGAUGAACAAAGGCAGGCUUUAAUGGCUUCAGGAGCCUUUGGUAAUGAUACAGUAGCUAUGGCUGCACUAAGUGCUUUCUAUGGUCAACUGGGUAUGGAUAUAUCAGCGGCUACUAAAAGAACUCUUAGUAAUGAGUAUAGCACAAAUUCAGCACAUGAAGGAGCAUCUAACAUUUCCACUGGAGAAUUGUUAGAAGUUCCAAACAAACGCCAAAGGAGAAUAUCCCAAGCUGAAGUAGAAAAACGUCUGAGGGAAGCUGAACUGAGUCAUGGCAUCUCACAUGAAAACAAAACUCAUUCUCUUUCUGUGGGAGUAGCUGAGAAAAAUUUAGUUAAAAGAGAACCAAUGUCUCCUGGAGGUGAGAGCCUUAAGUCUGCUGCAAGUAGUCGUCAGCAGCACCAGAAUCCUCUAAAUAUGCCUGUCUUUCCUUCAUCAAGUGUUGCUUCAGUUCAUGAACAGGCUGCAUAUUGGGAUGCUAACAUGGCCCUGAUUGGUGCUGUUUCUAUGGCUCAUUCUAGUGCCAGGCAGAUGGCCACACAGGCUCAUUCACAGGCUGAAAUACACCACCUCUCAGGCCAUGAUCACUCUUCAAACCUUGCUAGUGAAGGACCCAUGAAUCUUACAUACCAUGAAUCGGAAAAGCAUGGCAAUCAUAGACAACACAUGGUGUCUGAAUCACCACUGCAUGAUUCACUUCCUGAUACAGCUGGGCUUGCUGCUCAAGUUGAGGUGACCACAUCCUCCAUCAAAUCACACAGUCCUCGUCGACGAGCAUCCUCUUCCCCUCGUUCAUCCCAACAAGGUGAUCAGAGUAAUUCUCGUGAUCAGGUAAGAACUGAGGUUUGGUUUCCUCAUGGUGCUGGCUUCAAGAAAGAAAAUCAGGAAAUAGUCUGCUUGCCAGAUCCUCUACCAAUUCCCAUUUACUCUCAAAAAAUUGUAGCCGCUCGAGAUGAUGGCUUAUCCAUGAGACACAGAUCAGAAAUAAUUCGUGAAACAGCCAGGUUUUUUUUAAAUCUGAAAUAUUGGUGGUCUAGUGCUGACUAUACCAGGAUAUCUGAACUGGUAGUACAACAGUUUCCAGAUUUAAAAGAUGACAUUACUGCUGAUGGAAUGACAAACUAUAGACGUAUUCAGAGAGACUUGUCUAUGUGUGCCAGAAAUCUUCGUAGAAGUAAAAAGCCCAGAAAGAUGAGAGAAAUCAACUCAGAUGGCUCGAAUUCAUUGCUUGACAUUCCAGAAGCUGCUCGUUCAAGUAAAAAGCCAAGUAAAUCAUCCAAAAGUAGUUCCUUGUUUACUUCCAGUGUUGACAAAAAAAUGAAACGACAGGCUGCUUCGAGCAACAAGAUAAAAAAGAUCAAACAAGAAGCUGCAGCUUCAGUGGUUUCUGAAGCCUGUCCAGCUGGACUGAAUGAAGACAUGACAGCUGCAGCAGCUCUACUACAACAACAAUUCAUGCAGUCCUCAUCUUCUGCCUCAACAUCAUAUCACCCGAGUGCUCACCUGCUACCUUCAUCUCACUUGUUGCCUUCACUGCAAACCCACCCUGCAUUACAUGACCAGCAAAUGCAGGUCCAGUUAAAUUCUGCAUUGUUACAGCAACAACAGCAGCAGCAACAACAACAGCAGCAGCAACAACACCAUCACCAUCAUCAUCAUCAGGAAGGGCACAGUGUGAAUGCUGAGGAGUCUCAUCAUUCUAAACGUUUAGUCAAGGAAGAGAGUCAAGAGUCUUUUGAACAACACAUGUCAAGUCUAAAGACAAGUGCUGUACCACCAAUGCAGAGAUCUGUGACACCUAAUGAUAAUCAACCUAGUUUAAGUGAGGUCUCCAAACAAUUGACUAAAUCCAAUCAUGGACUGAGCAGAAGUAUGGAAGCACCAACACUAACUAAAGAUGAACAUGAAAAACUACUUCAAGUUCAGGCACCAGUAUCCACCAACUCAAUGAAAGUUUAUGUGGAUCCUGAUCAUGGGAAUGAUCUGCAAGAAAGAUUUUCUACUUUGUGGCGUAAAGGAAAAUUCUUUGAUGCUUCUCUCGGAGUUGCCAACAAAAAGCUUCAUGUCCACAAACUUGUGCUGUUAGCCAUGAGUCCAUACCUUCAAGAGACCUUUAAAAAUGCAGAUCCUAGAUCACAAUUGGAAGUUAAUUUACCAUCUGACACAACCUAUGAGACAGCUAAAGCAUUUCUCAAGUACAUCUAUGAAGGUGUUCUAGAGGUGGAUACAUCAUCAGUCAGAUCAUUACAUAAGAUCGCUACUAUGUUACAAAUGACAAAACUUGCUCAGUACUGCCAGAACUUUGCACAACAACUUCAAGAAGAAGCUGACCAGGCUAAUGGUGCUGUUGAAAGUGAAAUUCCCAAAAUUUCUGUUAACCUUGGGGAACUUGCUGAGAUACAAGCACAGAGGCAGAGAUUAAUGGAGGCUCAGGCUCUACAACGUCUUGGAGAAAGUAAUGAGAUCCAUCGUGCUUCAUCUACAAGGUAUAUAUCUGAAGACAGAUCUCAAUUGAAAUCUGAUUAUUCAGCUGACCAGAAUACUGCUGACCAGACAGGAUCUAACUCACACUUUAUACAUCCAGACCUUCUAGCCCAACAUAGAGCUCUUGUUGCAGCAUCCUCCUCCACAACUCCCUCACUACUUUUGUCUUCCUCUCAAGAUGUUACCACACAGCAACUGAUUCAUGCUGCACUGGCCAGACACCAAGUAUCUUCACCGCCCCCAUCUUCCUCAUCAUCAAUGUACCACCAAUAUCAACAACAAGUUGUUUCACAAGCAGAUUCUAACUCUGCCUUGCUUCAUCGUCUAGCUGCCCCAGAGUCUGCUGUUUCAGCCACCACAUCGCUAGACCCACACCAACAGAGACUGGCUCUAGCUGCCUAUUGGCAAGCACAUAGCACCUUAGAACUUAUGUCUCGUAACCAGUUGACAGGCUUGACCUCAGAUCCCUCCAACUUGUCAUCUGCAUCUGAGCUAGCUGCUAUUGCAGGGACUACGUCUCAAGACAGCAGACACUUGGCUCAUGAGCUGAAGCUGAAAUCCAGCUCUGGUCAUUCUAGGGGACAUCAUUCCAAAGAAACAUGGAACAAUGACUCAGACAAUAGUCAUCAGGCUACCAUGUUGCCAGAAACAUGUCUCCCUGGUGACAUGACACGAUCACAUCAUGGGGGUAAUUCUGAGGAGAACACAUAGUAGCUAUAAUAAAAGAAGUCAACUAUUCAGCUGCUCGUUUGUUAAUUGUUAACAUAUGACAUAAUAUUUUAUUGUUUUGUGAUCUAGGAAUAUAUUUUGGGGUCCAUUGAUUGUGUAUAGACUUUAUAAUUAGUUUGAUAUGGUUCUCUAGAAUAGAUUUUCUAGCCAUUUUUAUUGCUCAUGUGUUGUAUUUGAAUUGUAUGCCAUUCUAACCUAAUCAGUGUUCCUUCUAUUCAAAGCUCAACAAAUUUUUACUAACUAGACUUAAUUUAUCCAAAUAGAGGAGACAAAUGCUUCAUUGUGUGUUUAAGAGAUAUUGUCAGGGUAUAUAUACUUAGUAUCUCAUCACACAUGAUGUUUCAGAUUGCCUUCUGCACAGGUUUUCAAUAACCUACAAAAUGUUCACAUAAACACUAUCUGGCUGUUUGUGCCUUCAUCUUAAGUCUGGUUUAUUGUCUUGAAAGGUUAUCUGCUUUUGAUUAUUUCUUCUUUCAUUCCAUUCAUGAAUGCUAAUUAAAUUUAUUUGUAAUACUUCUAAAUAGAAAUUUGAAUUCAGAAAAAGACUUUAGGGUUAGUGUAGAUUGACAUAAUGUGAAACAUAAUAAUAGAAAUUAAAAAAAAAUUAAUUAAGAAAAGAAUUAGGUUUAUUGUGUAAAACCACAUGUAUAACUUUUAAUUUUUUUUAUGUAACACAAGUUAUAGUCAACUCUCAAUGAUAUGUGGUGAAUAGCCAUUGAUUUGUUAAUUGUCGAUGUUUUAAAUGUACAUAGACAUAAUGUACAAGAAGUGUACUAUGCUCAUUUGUUUCUGAUUCUCUACAUUUACAGAUAAAAUUCUAAAGAAAAUUAAAGCACAAAUGUUGCUUUACCAUCAAUUAAAAAAAGGAACAUUAGUUUGAUCUUGUUGCUUGUGUCCACUAAGUGGAUUUAUCAGGGAGUAAUUGUAUCUGACCACACUUGCUUAAGUACAUUAGUUCAUUACUUGUACUUUUUUGAAAAUUAUUUCAAAUGACCACAUCUACUUUUGUUUGAGCUGAAAUCUUCAGUGUUCAGUUGGGGGCUUGUUGAGAUUUAUCAUUUAUAAAUUGUCAGUUUUAUUUAAUUGUUUAUAUAAAUGUAUGACAUUGUUAAACAAAUGUGAUCUAUCUGAUGAUGCAGAGAUAUAGCAGUUAUAGAUUUGUAAUCUUAGGGUUAUUGUGACCUCCUCCGCUUCCUAGUUCUCCUCCUAGUUAAAAAAAAAGUGUAGGUCAAUUCAGAGUGGCAUUCAUACAUGUUUAGCACAAAUUUUGCCUAUGUUGAUGUGGAAAGACAGAGUGUCAGUGUCAGAUACUUCUAUGGAAAGCUUGAUCAAUAUUCACAUUUUUGUGUGUAAUUUAGAAGAGAAAAAAAAAAAUAGAUCCCUCCCCCAAAUUUCUUUUGUCAGCACUUCCUCCCACAUAAUUUGAACCCUAACCCUAGUAGGAGUGACAAGAUGCAAUGAUUGUUGGGAUGAGACAAUUUGUUUGUUUUAUUCUUCUCCAUUCAAUUAUGACUUUCAUCUGUUGAAUGUAACAACUACAGAUCUGUUGGUUUUUUUUUUUUUUUGUUUGUUGAAUUUCAAACAUUAAAUGUUAAAAUAUAUUUUAAAUGUCAUUGCUGCCCUCCCCUUUUUAUGAAAUGUAUUAGGCAAAAAUGUAAUGUUCAGUUGUAAAACAUUGUAUUUUCAAAUGUGUAACAAGCUUUUCACAUAUCAAAGAUCUAGGAUUUCUAAAAAAACAGUGACUAUAAAACUUUUGACUGUAAUUGAAUUUUUAUUAAUUAAAAUUUUAAAGUAUUUAAAAAACAAAAGUUGGACCUAAGUAAACUGUUUAAAAACAUGUUUGUUAUUUGAACCUCUGGAGGCUGUUGUGAUAUAUUAUGUACAUAACUAAAUACUAUACCUACCUAUAUAUAUAAAUCUACUUGAUCAAAUAUCAAUAUUUAAAAAAAAAUGUAUUGUUGCUGCCUUUUCUUGUUCCAUUUCUUGAAGCCUACCUUAUGGUAGCUGUGGGAUGGUGACAGUUGUUGUGGGAAUGGGUCACUUAGUGUAAAUAACAAACAAGCUUGGCAGCGGACAGAACUAGUUGUUGUUCAUUCUCAGACAUUGUAGCAUAGAUUUGUUUUCAAAGUUCAAUGUGCCAAGAGUUGUUCUUUUUUUUUUUUUUUUUGUAAUGUUUGGUUCUGCUCUUUGUAAUCAAGAGAGCAGCAAUCCAGCUGGUUCUGACUUGUGAGACAAGCAUUCUGUCACAGACAUGAUUCUUCUUCAAUGUGAUGCUUUUUUUUGUUUGUUUCAUUUCAAUAAAAGUGGUUAGAAAGUC